AUGGCCAGAUACUUUGGCUUUUUCUUUAUAAUUACAGCGCUUUGCGUAGCAACCACGGCUGCCAUGGCAACAACUCCCGCUUAUUCUUCUCCUCACGUGCCAUCCGUCUCAAGUUGGCGAAACCAGGGAUCAACAAAAGGUCGAGAGAGUAGAGCUGCUGCUGCUGCUGCUUAUUAUCCACUCUUCAGCACAGUCGUUAAAACAUACAACGCCAACUAUGCUUUCGAAGCAAGAGACUACGAACUAUACAUUAACGCUUCCGGCAUUCUCCCAUCCACAGCUGCUGGAUCAUCCCGUUUACGUUCUUCCUCAUUGCACGAUCCCAUUGCCACCGAUUCUCUUGUCUCUGGACCUGCACUUGCAUUUAUCGUGGUGUUAGCCCUUGGUGCAUGCAUGUUCUGA